GUUUAUAUAUCCGCUCUGAGUUGUUUGUUCUGCAGCUUCACAGCACCGAGGAAACACCAGCAGCUCCUCUCUGAACUCCGCUAGAAAAUAAUCUCCAAAUCUUAAAGCUGCUGAGAGGAAGCCAUGGCGCCGGUCAUCCAGAUCCCACCUCACCACUACAUCCACGUGCUGGACCAGAACACCAACGUCACCCGCCUGGAGACCGGACCGCUCAACUACAUCCACCAGAACAGGGAAAGAGUGCUCUUCUCUCCGAAGCGUAUGAUCACUGUGCCGCCACGUCACUACUGCGUGGUCGCCAACCCUGUGGCCCGGGAUGACAAAGGUCAGGUCCUAUUCGACAAAUCCGGUCAAGCCAAACUUCGCUACGGGGACCAGGAGACCCGUCUGACCCAGGAUCCGUUCCCGCUGUACCCCGGAGAGGAGAUCCAGCAGGAUGUGACCCUCCUGCUGACGGUGGCAGCGGGCACAGGGCUGCGUCUGAAGGCUCUGCUCGACUUCGAGGACGAUGGAGGACAGAAGAGAGCAGCUGGAGACGAGUGGCUGUUCAAAGGGCCGGGAACCUACAUCCCGAGGAAGGAGGUGAAGGUUGUGGAGACCAUGAAGGAUCCCGAGGAAGUAAAACGUAUCCUUAAAGUCGCAGGGGCGGUUACCGGCAUCGCAGUAGGUGCAGUGGGAGCCGUGGCCCUGGCCCCCGUUGCCCUGGCAGCUGUAGGUUUCACCUCAGCCGGCAUAGCGAGCGGCUCCAUCGCUGCCGGCAUGAUGUCCAGCGCCGCCAUCGCUAACGGAGGAGGAGUCGCAGCAGGAAGUCUGGUCGCUAUUUUACAGUCAGCAGGUGCAGUCGGCCUGUCAGCAUCAGCCUCUGCAGCUGUUGCCAGCGCUGGAGCUGCAGUGGGAGGAGCGGUCGGAGGAGCAGCAGGUUGGCUGACGGGAGUCUUUCGCAAAAAACCUCCCCCGAAGGAAUAA